CACACACACAUAACCUCUUGCAUACACACACACACAAACACACACAGCCCUAUCCAGAUGGAUUCUCCUCAGCUGAAAUGAGCCGCUGGUGAGAGACUGCAGUUAUUUCAGUCAUCCUGCAGUUCUCUCCCCGCUCUCUCUCUCUCUCUCUUAUUCUAUCUCUUUCUCUCCCACUCUCUCUCCCCCCCCUCUCUCUCUCUCUCUUUCCCCCCACCUCUCCUCUCCUGGUAGGCAUCUCUCUUGCUCAACUUGCUCUGCUUUCAUCGCUGCCUCUUCUUGUUCACACUCUCUUUCCCCCGUUUUCGUUCUCUCGUUCUUUCGUUCUGCCGCUGCCAGGCGCUGCAACAAUUAUGCCUCGUUCACUUCUUUCUCUUCCUCCCCCUCUCUCUCUUUCUCGCUCGCGCGGCUCCCGUCGUCUCCUUUCGCUCGUGCGUCCCUUCAUCAAAGAGGAGUCCCUUCUGUGUGCGGCGUUGCGCCAGGCUUGUUACAGGCAGGACGGCUGCUGAAGGGGAAUCCUUCCUGUGACCUCUCUGCUCAACAGGACGCUUGAGCAACGGGACGCUCUGUUCAGGGCUGGGAGCAGUAGCUAUUACUGGGUCUCACUGGGACUGGGACAGGACUUUGAGUUUGUGGCCCGUUAGAGAUGUGCUGGUAACUAUUUUGCUGUUUGCUUUCCUUUUCUUUCUUUUUUUUUUGGAAGUCUACCCAGACCUUUUUUUCUUUUUUAGAGUUUGCAGCUCUUCAUCAGCUUUUUCGAGUGUUCUGUCUUUCUCUUGGAGUUGUUAAAGUGGCUGCUGUGUGUCCACAAAGGGUUCCUCUAAACCUCCUGAGGUUCCUGAAGGUUUGGAAGCUGGUAGGAUGGAGACAAUUCAGUAGAAGAAAGAGGAGCAAAGAAGCAAAGAAUUAAAACGCUGAAGCAAAGAAGACCAUCGCUGGUCGCUAGCAGAGACGGGAACAGCUUGCUUGCAGCCCCCUUAAGCGAAGUUAUCAAGUGAAAGAAAGAGAGAGAGAAAGAGAGAGAGAGAGAGAGAGAGGGAAAGAGAGACAUUCCCACACUAACCCACAUGCAAGCGAUGCAAGAGAUGUAGAAGGAAGUACAUCUUGAUCUCUAGACCCCUUCAAGACUUUCCGAAGGCUGAAGGCAUCUUCACCAUCUAUCACCGCUUAUCUAUUUCUCCACAUAUCCCUAAAGAAGGAUCAAGCACAGAUGACCCAACAGUGCUUUAGGAUUUAGGAAGUCCUGCAGUGAAGCAUCUGAGCCAAUCAGCCAAUCGCAAGGACCGGGUUCUGCCCUCAGUCUGACCCUCGAAAGGUCCUCUUGGAAGUCCAGUCUUAGCCAUGCAGGUCUCCUUCGCUUGCACGGAUCACGGGCUCAAAGCCCCGCGGACAACUGAGCCCAGUAAGCAGAACACGGCCAGCCCCAACACGGCCAGCGCUGCCCGCGCUCGCUUCCGGACUGUAGCGCUGAUCGCCCGCAGCCUGGGCUCCUUCACACACCGACACCACAUCUCCCUGAAGGAAUCUACCGGCAAACUCACCGGCAUGAAGUACAGGAAUCUUGGGAAGUCAGGGUUGCGAGUAUCAUGUCUGGGGCUCGGAACAUGGGUAACAUUUGGUGGUCAGAUUUCAGAUGAGGUAGCGGAGCAGAUCAUGACUAUAGCGUAUGAGAACGGAGUGAAUCUGUUUGACACAGCUGAGGUGUACUCAGCCGGAAAAGCCGAAAUAAUCCUUGGAAAUAUCAUCAAGAAGAAAUGCUGGAGGAGGUCAAGUCUAGUCAUCACUACUAAACUUUACUGGGGAGGAAAAGCAGAAACUGAAAGAGGCCUCUCGAGGAAGCACAUUAUUGAAGGUCUGAAGGGCUCUUUACAGAGGUUACAGCUGGAAUAUGUGGACGUGGUCUUCGCAAAUAGGCCUGACAACAACACUCCUAUGGAGGAAAUUGUGAGAGCGAUGACUCAUGCAAUAAACCAGGGAAUGGCCAUGUACUGGGGAACAUCACGCUGGACAGCAAUGGAGAUCAUGGAGGCGUACUCUGUGGCUCGGCAGUUUAACCUCAUCCCUCCAGUGUGUGAGCAGGCUGAGUAUCAUUUCUUCCAGAGAGAUAAAGUGGAGGUGCAGAUGCCUGAACUCUAUCAUAAGAUCGGUGUGGGUGUGGUGUCCUGGUCUCCACUAGCCUGUGGAAUCAUCACAGGGAAAUAUGAGAACGGUGUUCCAGAGUCCUCCAGGGCAGCCAUGAAGUCAUACCAGUGGCUAAAGGAUAAGAUAGUGAGUGAGGAUGGGAGGAAGCAGCAGGCUAAGCUGAAGGAGCUGAGACACAUCGCUGAGAAACUCAGCUGUACGCUGCCACAGCUCGCCGUAGCCUGGUGUCUGCGGAACGAGGGAGUGAGCUCAGUUCUUCUGGGGACGUCCAACCCUGCACAGCUCAGGGAGAACCUGGGUGCAAUACAGGUUCUUCCGAAGAUCACUCCUCACAUUGCCACCGAGAUUGACAAACUCUUGGGUAACAAACCCCACAGUAAGAAAGAUUACCACCACUGAGCCCCGCCCACCAAGGCCGCUGCUGCCCUCUGGGCUUCUGGGACUGAAGAAGAUGGACCUGUUCGUCAUUUCCGACCUGUCAGUGUGUCCCUCACCUGCUCGUCCAGAGAUGUGUCCUGUUGUACCAUCAGCAUUCUGGUGUAUACAGAGCCAGUCAACAAAGCCAUGCAUGCCUCUGCUAGCCUUCAAUCCCAUCGGUUUGUGCGCGUGUGGUGGUUUGUGUGAUUGUGUGUAUGAGUGAAGAUCCUCUGUGCACACCUGAACCGUAAAAGCCUAUAUUCUAAUAUGCUAAUGUGCACUAUAAGACACAUUCAGCAGUAUAUCGUCCAUAUAUACCAAAGUCAACCCUGUUAUUGACGUUCGGUUACUUGACCACAUUGGACGUGUUUAUCGUUUUCAAAGGACAGAAUGAAACUGAUCUGUGUGAGCCUGAGGACAUCAAUACAUGGACUUCAUCAAACAGGAUGGAAAACCAUGCAAAGAGUGCUAUGGACUGUUACUACUCCUUCAGACUGUGCUCUAAACAUGCUGUUUCUCCAAAGUAGGCUUGCAGUGAUACACAGUUUCACGGCAUUCAUGCAUUUCAGAAGAUAUCUUAAUUAGUGCUGUAAAAUGCUAAUGGGUUACUUAAUAUGAUUAAUCUUUAAACCAUAAUUCUAGUUCAGAAAGUAACUAUGUUACGAAUAUUUAUUUACACUGAAAUAUAGCUUCAAUCUUAGGACUUUGGCCUAAAGUGCAGAAUGCGACUUUAUUCUACAGCUACAGCACAGUCAACAGUGUUUCCCUGUUUCUCUCUCUCUGUCUAACUAAGACAUUCAGAUUUUAAGUACAUACUGGGGUUAUGGGGCAGGAUAGGUGUUAAAUAAGAUAGAAAUGCGGUUUUCUUUCUGUAGUGCACAGAAAGGAAGACUCUACUAUACAAUCUAUAUAGCAAAUUAAUCCAAUUAAUUAAAUAUUUAAUAGCUUUUUUUAUUUCCAUUGCAUUGGAAGCCUGUAUGUAAUAUUCAUUAUUUCAUAUUGACCUUUUUAUUUCACGAAACAUCCCAUAAACCAACCAACAGUAAAAUAAAUAAAUAAAUAAUUAAUUAAUUUAAAAAUAAAUAAAUAAAUAAUAAUAAUAAUAAUAAUUUAGCUGUAACUUUGCCUCAAUGGAUCUAGUACUACUGGUUUUCCUGUGCAGUGGAUGGGACCAAGCUACUGUUUGAUUGGUUCAUAAAUAUGUUCAUUGAUUGGUUUGUGGUCUAUUCUGGUGGACAACAGUUCUUAAAUAGUGUUAUGUUCUACAAAACAUUUAAAAAUAAAGGAAACACAUGAUGUCCAUUGUAAUGGAUACAGGGUCUGAAAGGGUUAAAUAUUCUAAUUCUCUGAUUCUAAGAUACACAAUACAAUUAAUUUUGCCUUCCUCUGGAAAAUGUAGAAAAGUACCAGCAUUAACAAAAUUUAAUCAUGAAUUUUAAAUUCCAAAUGUCCUUAUGUUUGGGGGGAGGGGUUGGGGGCUGUGUUUUAGCAAAUGUGCUCUGCUAAACCCGUAAAGAAGCCUCCCAAUGGUAAAAGCGUAAACAAAUAAACAGCCAUAUGACUAGCCUAGCCAUAUUAAUAAAAAGCAUAUAUGCUUUUUAUAAACUUUUAGCUAGAUAGCUUAAAAAAUAAUUUAGCCAUACGACAAGCCAUUUCAAUAAAUAAGCAAUUUCUCUACUGGUGGAAUGGGCGCUAAUGUGUUAGCAAGGAAUUUGUCGAUUUGUGUUGCUUGUCAGAGAACUCAGAUUAAAAAAUGUAAAACAAUGUAAAAAAAAUUCUUAAAAAAUGUAAAACAAUGUAAAGCCGCUAAGUAACACAUAUUGAUUAGUAGAAAUCAAGGGUACACCCAAGCUAAGUAAAGCUAAGAUGACUAAGAUGUGGUUAGUGGUGUGUAAAUCUGAUGCAUAUUGACUUGUCAAAAUUGAUAUUUCUUCUACAGCAAGAUUAGGUUAAUUCUGCCAUGUUUUACCAUUGACCACUGGUGAAGCCCGAAAUUUGAGCCAUAAAAAUCAAGUAAAUUCAGCAGUGUGAGAUUACACAGAGUGAGAUUCAUCUUUUUGACAGGGUUAAUCAACCCGUCAACAACUAGCAGCAUGUAGUCCAGCUCAAAAUACAGUUAGCAUUUCCAAGUCUGCUGAAGCCAGCUGUUAACACUGCGGUAAUCCUGCUCCAACAAUGCCGAGUCCAGCUGCUGUGUCUGUUAGCAUUAUGGCCGAGCCUGGCUGUUAGCAUUGUGGAUAAUUCACUAUAUAAGGAUUCAUAAUGCAGGUGUAGAAUAUCCUACAGACAUGAUGCUAUGUAUCCUAGCAAAUAGCAAAACCUACUCUAUGUGUCCAGCCCUGAGCUUCUCAACAACGUUCAGUCCACUCCAGAUUUCCAAAAAAUUGAAUCCCACUUUAUUUCCAUAGCAGUUAUCCAAUGCAUGAGUACUAGUCAUGAUCCACCAUGUUUGUUCUGUUAAUGCUUAUGGUCAUUGUAAAAUACCAUCAAGGCACUGAUAUUUUCUGAAACAGUUAUCAUACCGUGAAAAACUUUUACCACUGCAAUCCUACUCCAGAGUCAAUAUUCUUCAUUCAGAAGUGUUUUCUUUUCCCAUCGUAACCCUGUUGUCUAAUCAAAGUCGUGCUGUGGUCUUCGAUACCAUAGAUGGAUCUGAACCUGUUCCAGGGAACCUGCUAUUUCUGCUGAUGGGUUUGAAGCUUAAACCCCAAGACUGUAAGUUGUCGUAUUUAUUCAGUGGCUUUGCUAUGGACGGCGAUGGCCCUGCUGCUGUGUUUGCUAGCAUUUGAGCCUCAGAAAAAAAAAAACACCCUGAAAGAGAUUUGGCGUGAGUUCUGGUGUGAUGCAUUUGUUUACCAUAAACUGUUUACGACUUUGGGAAAUGAUAAGGCUGUAAAGUAUAUUAUUGUAGAGUUUUGUUUUAAGCAUUGAAAUAAAAUGGCUCUUGACAUUUGUG